CAUGGUAGCCGAGACGUCGUGUCGCUGAUGCCGCUGAUGCUGUGGCCCAGGGGUGCGGAUUUGCGCGAACGAACGUAACACCUUGGAACGAGUGACCGGCCAGCCGGUCAGGCACUGGAGGAAGAUAACGCCGACGUGGUAGCGCGGUACAGCGUCGUCGUCCGCGCGUCGAGCGUGCCGAACGUGGUGCCGACGUGGUUGAGGUUAGGCCAUGGCGAAGUACCUGAUACAGAUCAUCGUGAUGGGCGCGCAGGUCGUCGGCAAGGCGUUCACGCGCGCGUUGCGCCAGGAGAUCGCGGCGAGCCAGGAGGCGGCGCGGCGGGCGGGCGGCGGCAGGCAGGGUGCGCAACACGUCGCCGCCAACAGCAGGACCGGCAUCACCCUGGAGGAGGCCCUUCGCAUCCUGAACGCGGAACGUUCUGACCAGACGGAGCUGAUCGAGCGAAAUUACAAGUAUCUCAUGGAGGCCAACGACAGAUCGAAGGGCGGCUCGUUCUACCUGCAGUCCAAGAUUGUACGUGCCAAGGAACGCAUCGACGAGGAACUGAAAAAUAAAAAGGAGACGACGACGACGCCACCACCGCCGACAUCGUCGUCGCAGGAAGACUCGACGAGCAGUCAAGAGACCUCCAGGCAGCCAUGAGAUUUGUCCCUAGUCUAAAUUUACUUAUUCUAUACAACUGUACAUAACAUCAUAAUAAAUAUAAUAGAUUCUGGUAUUGAAUUAGAAUGGUUUCAA